AUGAAAAGUGAUAUUAUGGUGUCAAAAUUCAAGAGAAUUUGUGUGUUUUGUGGGAGUAGUCAAGGGAAGAAAAGUAAUUAUCAAGAUGCUGCUAUUGAGCUAGGCAAAAAAUUGAUCUCAAGAAAUAUUGAUUUGGUCUUUGGAGGAGUUAGCAUAGACCUAAUGGGUUUGGUUUCACAAGCAGUUCAUGAUGGCGGUAGACAUGUUUUUGGAGUUAUUCCCAAGACACUCAUGCAUAGAGAGUUAACUGGUGAAACAAUAGGAAAAGUGAAGGUAGUUGCACAUAUGCAUCAAAGAAAAACAGAAAUGGCUAGGCACUCUGAUGCUUUUAUUGUUUUACCAGGUGGUUAUGGCACACUUGAUGAGCUACCCGAAGUAAUUAGUUGGGCACAGCUUGGCAUUCACGGUAAACUGGUAGGAUUGCUGAAUGUGGAUGGAUAUUAUAAUUCAUUAUUGUCAUUUAUUGACAAAGCUGUGAGGGAAGGCUUUAUCAGUCUCAAUGCUCGCCAAAUCAUCGCAUCUGCGCCAACAACAACAGAGCUUGUCAAGAAACUCGAGAAAUAUGUUCCUUGUCAUGAAAGAGUUGCUUCGAAGUUGAAUUGGGAUACGGAGCAACAACUUGGCUACCCUCAAGCACAAGAAAUUGCGCGAUGA